CCGGGCAGCGGCUCCCCAGCGUGCAGUCCCCGGGAGCCAGAGCCUGAGUUCCUCCGUGCGACACGCAGCCCUCCUGCCGACACCAUGGUGCAGUGGACAGCUGAGGAGAAGCAGCUCAUCACCGGCCUCUGGGGCAAGGUCAACGUGGCCGAGUGCGGCGGCGAGGCCCUGGCCAGGCUGCUGAUCGUCUACCCCUGGACCCAGAGGUUCUUUGCCUCCUUCGGGAACCUGUCCGGUGCCACCGCCAUCGUCGGCAACCCCAAGGUGCAGGCCCAUGGCAAGAAGGUGCUGACCUCCUUCGGGGAGGCCGUCAAGAACCUGGAUGGCAUCAAGAACACCUUCUCGGCGCUGUCCGAGCUGCACUGCGACAAGCUGCACGUGGACCCCGAGAACUUCAGGCUCCUGGGUGACAUCCUGGUCGUCGUCCUGGCCGCCCACUUCGGCAAGGACUUCACUCCCGAGUGCCAGGCUGCCUGGCAGAAGCUGGUGCGUGUGGUUGCCCACGCCCUGGCCCGCAAGUACCACUGAGGAGCCGCGGCAGCGCGCAGCACCCGCUGCCCGACCGCUUCUAACAGCCAAAUAAAGCUCAUCCUGUGAA